AACUUCCGCAUUAAGCAGGAAGAAACAGUCAGAGAGCCCAAAUGCAAUCCACAUCAGCACACCCAGAUCUGCCUUGCAUGUGGCUGUCAUCUUUGAGUAGUGGGGCUUUUUUUUUUCUCAAGAGAGCGAUAUUUCAGGGUGGAACUAAUGUCCAUGUGGCGUUUAUUUUGAAACUAACCUGGUGAAUCGAGGAACGUUACAUUUGAAAAGAUGGAUGAUAUUGACGCCAUGUUUAGUGACCUGCUGGGGGAGAUGGACCUCCUCACUCAGAGUCUCGGACAGGAAACGCUACCUCCUGAACCUCUCCGCAGCCCCAAGCAGGAAAUCGACUUCUCCAUCGGCUUUACUGGCCUAAACGCAUCCGUAAACGAACUGGAGGACAAUGACUUGGACGCCCUCAUGGCCGACCUGGUGGCCGACCUCAACGCCACAGAAGAGAAACUGGCAGCAGAAAUACAAGGUCUCGACGUGCCGCCGCCGUCGUCCUCAUCAGACUUGCCGCCUCCACCCAAAGGCCUGAGCCACCAGCCCACCUCCUCCGUUACGUCACCGUCGUCUCCAGGAAAUAACUACAGCAACAGUGUCACCACCCCAUCCUCUUCCACCGCCUCCCCUCUGCCGCCUCCCCCUCCUCAGUCAGCAAAACCCACAAUGGAAGAAAUAGAAGCUCAGUUGAAGGCGGACAAAAUCAAGCUUGCCCUCGAGAAGCUCAAGGAAGCCAAAGUGAAAAAGCUUGUGGUGAAAGUGCUCAUGAAUGACGGCAGCUCCAAGACACUGAUGGUUGACGAGAGGCAAACCGUGAGGGAGGUCCUGGACAACCUGUUUGAGAAGACACACUGUGACGGCAACGUGGACUGGAGUCUGUGCGAGACCAACUACGAGCUGCAACUCGAACGUACGUUUGAGGACCAUGAGAACCUGGUGGAGCCGCUCCUAGCAUGGACAAGGGACAGCGAAAACAAAGUCCUCUUCCAGGAGAGAAAAGAUAAAUUUGAGGUUUUCAAAAACCCACAGAACUUUUAUCUUUGGAAAAAGGACAAGAAAACUCUCAAGGACAUGAAAGACAAAGACAAGGAGUUGUUGGUGCAGGAGAACUUCUGUGGAACAUCCAUCAUCGUGCCCGACCUGGAAGGGGUGCUGUUCCUCAAAGAAGAUGGCAAGAAGGCGUGGAAGCAGCGGCUCUUUCAGCUCCGAGCUUCAGGAAUUUAUUACGUUCCCAAAGGAAAAACCAAGUCGUCCCGUGAUCUCGUCUGCUUCAUCCAGUUCGACAACGUGAACGUUUACUACGGGAAGGACGUCAAGAACAGAUACAAGGCCCCCACUGACUUCUGCUUUGUUCUAAAGCAUCCUCAGAUCCAGAAAGAGUCCCAGUACAUCAAAUACCUUUGCUGCGAUGACGCUUGGACCAUGAACCUGUGGGUGACCGGGAUAAGGAUCGCCAAGUACGGCGCGUCGCUGUACGAAAACUACAAAACAGCGGAGAAGAAGGCUGCCGUCAGCUCCGCCCUGUGGACGAAUCGCAGCACUCCGUCCAGCUCCAGCUCUUCAACGCCGUCACCAACCAUCAAAGCCAAAGCACCGGCUCAGGCCAACGGCCAUGCUCCGAAACCCCAAGCAGGACCCCCUCUACAGGGCAUCGGUAACCUCCCACCUCCACCGCCGAACGACUUCCUCCCUCCGCCGCCUCCCGACCCGGUCCUUCCUCCUCCGGCACCUUCGCUGGCCUCCAAGCCUGCUCCCCAGCGACAGCAGCCCAGCGACUUGCCUCCGCCUCCGCUCUCCAUGGACAGCCUCCCUCCUCCGCCGCCGCCUCCGCCCAUGGAGAACUCCUUAGAAGACCCUCCGGACUUCCUCCCUCCUCCUCCGCCGCCUACCAGCUACAGUUCGCUGCCUCCGCCUCCGCCCCCAGCGGCCGGUUUCGGUCGAAACCCUAACCAGUCCCUUCCUCCUCCCCCUCCAGAACCAGAGUUUUUACCGCCGCCUCCUCCUGAUCCGGUGAUCUUGGCACCGGGUGCGCCUCCCGCACCUCCACCUCCUCCGCCCCCUCCUGCUCCCGUUUCCAUUCAGCGACCUGCAGCGCAGCCAAGAAAGAUGCCUCCAGUUCCUCCAAAGAGGACUACCCCAAUGCUGUCAGGAGGAGGCGGAGGAGGCGGCGGGGACUUCAUGUCAGAACUGAUGUUCGCUAUGAAGAAGCGCACCGAUCAGUAGCUUCAGCGGAACGACGGGAGUCUGAAUAGGAAACUGAUUUAGUCUCCUUCAGUCCACGUUAAAAUGGAUUCGUCUCUGCAGAAAAAUCCUCCAUUCACUCUAGUUUUCCCCGAACAUCAUUUCACGAAUAAUCAUUUGAAGUAAACCCAUGAAAAGCUUGUUUUAACAGAGCACAGUAAAAGCAAUGAAGCUGUCCUCGUGCGUUACAGAACCUUUUGUGUAAAGAAGUGUAUAUAUAUGUCUGCAUCACAGGACUGUAAAUACUGCAACAGGACGCUGCUUCUGUCUCUUUUAGGGGUUGAUGUUGUUACAGCCUUUGGUACAAGUGUGUUUGGCAAACUUUGCAAUGU